CGCUUACUUCGGCGAAACUCACGUGAGCGACUGGCACUGAGUCUGCCUUGCAAGCAAGGUAAUUUUUGACCACUGACAGUUUCCCAUAUAGACCACAAAGGGGCCAAGUAAAUCCUAUGGCGACUGCAGCGGCAGCCCCUACAGUUAUAAAACUGCCACUUGGUAGUAUUCCUCGAUGGGAGGAAGGCGAAGAUGAUGCCAGUCUGAUAGAAGACAAUCGGGGCGAGGACGCUGAGCAGCAAGCCACAAAGACUCUUAAAUCAAUUCCAGAGAGUCUUGUGCUUCUACAUACUCUGAGACAAUGUAGGCGCCUAUACACGCUCUCUCGAGUGCUGAAAUGAACGCCUACUCUUCAGCCCGUUCAAGGUGGAUCAACAACCCUCCUUUAACUAAAUUUUCUGUGCGACAUCGAGGGAAAACCACUAUUGAUAUUCACCAGCCCCCACAUAGUCUUGUCUUUCUGGGAAGAUGUGAUGUAGAGAUAGGACCGCAUGUUUUCCUCGACACGAAGUUCAUGGAGGUGCAGUGGGACAACAUGUACCAACCACUGACUUCUGCGGGCUCAGCGCCUCCGACUCUCUUGCUCAGGACAGACAUCAUCGAGCUUAGGGAGAACUCUGCGGAACGUUUCCUAUUGCCAUUAGACGGUGCCGUGGUUGAGCGAGCUUCUGAGCGCGGUCAAGUGUUCACUUUACUCUCGCUUCUACUGGACAUCCCUCCUGAAUCGACUCCAACUGGUACUCCCAAUGCUAGCACCAAACAGCCAGUCAACAUAAGACUCCCAAGGCACUACUUCCAUUUGGGAGGCAUUAGAUAG